AAGUGACCGAAGAGCACCAGAGGGUUAAUGAAUCUGGCAACCACAGUUCCCACAGCAAAGUUCAAAGUGUGUCUAGGUUACACAGUUGUGUUGAUGAGAGUGUGCAGGACGCUUGUGAACGCAUUCUGCUGUGGGACUGAACACGGCACGGCGAUGAGAGGCUCUGUGGUGCUUUCACUCUGGAUCCUGAUCCAGCUGAGUCUACAAAACACAGCGAAAGCAGAGGAUGGUCCUGUCUUGCACACCAAGUUUGGAGCUCUAAAAGGUGAAUAUUUGAAAGCGAAGGGAAAGGACACAGUUGUUCAUUCCUAUCUGGGCGUCCCGUUCGCCAAGCCGCCCGUGGGUCCUUUGAGAUUUUCUCCUCCACAGCCUGCAGAGAAAUGGACCGGAGUGAGAGAUGCUACAAAACAGCCCUUCAUGUGUCUGCAGGAAAAGCAGUUAGUUGAAGACUUGAUAGCCAAUAUAUCAAUGAACAUAGAGGUUCCUGACUCAUCAGAGGACUGUCUUUACCUCAACGUCUACACACCUUCUAAACCUGGAGCAAAUGACAAGUUGCCUGUCAUGGUUUGGAUUCAUGGCGGGGGGUUUUCUUCAUGCUCUGCUUCCAUUUUUGAUGGACAUGUUUUGGCUGCCUAUCAGGAUGUAGUUGUGGUUCUGAUUCAAUACAGGCUUGGCCUACUUGGAUUUUUUAGCACAGGAGAUGAACAUGCUCCAGGAAACUAUGGUCUUCUGGAUCAGGUUGCAGCUCUUCAGUGGGUUCAGGAGAACAUCCACAGCUUCGGUGGAGAUCCUGGAUUAGUGACCAUCUUUGGAGAGUCUGCCGGAGGAGUCAGUGUGUCUUUACAUGUUCUUUCUCCAUUAUCUGCAAACCUCUUCCAUCAUGCCAUCGCAGAGAGCGGUACGGCAGCAAUGGAUGCUAUCAUAAAUCCCGACCCUUUGGCAUUAGCUCAGGCUGCAGGAAAUAUAUCUGGCUGUGAUAUUUCCAGCACAAAGAAGAUUGUUGACUGUUUUAUGCAGCUGACAGAAGACGACAUACUGAAGAUCGCUAUGGAGCAUCCAAUGGUUCGUUUUGGAGUGACGAUGGAUGGCCGGUUCCUUCCCAAGCCUGUAGAGGAGCUUCUUCAAUCCUAUGAGUUUAACAAAGUGCCUCUGAUCACUGGAAUCACUGAUGAUGAGUGGGGAUAUGUAUUGCCUAACUUCUUUUCACCUCCAGGAUGGACAGACGGGAUGGACAUGGAGCAGAUCUUGCCAUUUUUGACCAUGUUUAAUCCUACCCUUCAAGAUCAGUUAGUUGCUGAGCUUGUUUUAAAUGAGUAUCUGGGCACAUCCCCUGACAGGAUCAAAAUACGAGAUGGUUUUCGAGAGAUAAUGGGGGACUUUAUGUUCAACAUCCCAGCUCGCAAACUGGCAAAUUACCACAGAGAUGCAGGUGCACCAGUAUACGUGUAUGAAUUCCAGCAUACUGCCAGUACACUUCAAAAGAAAAGACCCAGUUUUGUUGGAAGUGACCAUACCGAUGAAAUUGCAUUUGUUUUUGGUUCUUGUUUUGCAGAUGGACAUAUAAAGCUGAAAGAGGAACUCUCAGAAGAAGAGAAUGAGCUUUGUAGAACUGUCAUGGCGUACUGGGGAAACUUUGCUCGCACCGGGUCUCCGAAUGGUCCAGACCUCACAGAGUGGCCUGAAUUUGGAGGUGAGGCCGAGUAUCUCAGCAUUGGACUGGAACAGAAAGCUAUGAAAGACCUGAAGGGAAAACACUUCACUUUCAUGACUCAAACCCUUCCUCGGACAAUAAAAGAGCGAAAGGAAGGACCUCUAGUUCACACUAAACUAGGAAGUUUAAGAGGUGCCUUCCUGACUGUUAAGGGAAAGGAUACAAUCGUCAAUAGCUAUCUUGGUGUGCCAUUUGCCAAGCCCCCUAUGGGCCCCCUGAGACUGGCUCGGCCCCAGCUUGCAGACAAAUGGGAUGGAGUGAGAGACGCAACCAAACAGCCACCCAUGUGCAUCCAGGACAGGCAAGUUAUUGUCACUGAACUUGAGUUUCUCGCUAUGGAUGUAGAGAUUCCCGAGGUCUCAGAGGACUGCUUGUAUCUCAACAUCUACACUCCAGUCAAACCUGGUGAAGAGGCCAAGCUACCAGUAAUGGUUUGGAUUCAUGGUGGAGGGCUUGCUCUUGGUUCAGCAUCAAUAUACGACGGCUCCGUUCUGUCAGCAUAUCAGGAUGUGGUUGUGGUGCUGAUUCAGUACAGAUUGGGCCUGCUGGGAUUCUUUAGCACGGGAGAUGAACAUGCUCCAGGAAACUAUGGUCUUCUGGAUCAGGUUGCAGCUCUUCAGUGGGUUCAGGAGAACAUCCACAGCUUCGGUGGAGAUCCUGGAUCUGUGACCAUCUUUGGAGAGUCUGCCGGAGGAAUAAGUGUAUCCACACUGAUUCUUUCACCAUUGGCUUCUGGUCUGUUUCAUCGUGCCAUUGCAGAAAGUGGGACGGCCUUUUGGGAUGGUUUAGUGAUGGAUAAUCCUUUACUGAAGGCUCAGAACGCAGCCAAAUUAUGCAACUGUGACAGCAGCAGCUCAUCAAAGAUCGUUGACUGCAUCCAGCGCUGGUCUGAGGAGGAAGUUCUGGAAUGUUCCAAAAAGUUUGUGAUGAUGCACUUCAGUCUCGCUCUGGAUUCUUAUUUCCUUCCUAAACCUGUGGAGGAGAUCGUUCAGAAACAAGAGUUCAGUAAAGUUCCUCUCAUCACUGGAAUUACCAAUGAUGAGUUUGGCUUUUUACUGGCCACAUAUUUUGCGGGUAAAGGAUGGACUGAUGGGAUGGAUAAAGAGCAAGCCAUAAAAGGCCUGACCCUCACGUAUCCUGAUCCCAGGGAUCGAUGGAUCAUUGAUCUGGUGGUGAACGAGUACCUGGGCGACACAAGAGAUCCCAUUCAAGUCCGAGACAUUUACAGAGAGAUGAUGGGUGACGUGCUGUUCAACAUCCCUGCCCUCCAACUGGCAAAAUACCACAGCGCCUCAGGAGCGCCGGUUUACCUGUACGAGUUCCAGCAUCCUCCCAGUAUGAUCCAGAAGAACAGGCCCAGCUUUGUUGGCGUCGACCACGCAGAUGAACUGUUCUUUAUCCAGGGCACCUGCUUCGCUAAAGCCCACCUCAAAGCAACCGCACCUUUCACAAAGGAAGAGGAAGAGCUGUGCAGGACUGUGAUGGGAUACUGGGUGAACUUUGCACGCACCGGGUCUCCGAAUGGUCCGGGUCUGACACACUGGCCUGAAUAUGAGGAUGAGGCAGAGUAUCUCGGCAUUGGACUGGAACAGAAAACUGGGAAGAACCUGAAGAGGAAACACUACGCAUUCAUGACCAAGACGCUUCCAGAUCUCAUACGCCAAGACCGAGAGAAAAAAGAGCAUUUAGAACUGUAAAAAAAAAUACAUUGGGAAUGAACUUGAAUGUAUGGAUGUCAGAAAAAAAUUAACUGUGAUUCAGUGUAAGAAUUUAAUUAACCUGAGAAAAUCAAAUAAGCCCUGAGUGCAUUUUGGUGAUAAAGUUCAGAUUUGAUAGAAAAUUUACAAUUUGAUCAUAUGACAAAUAAAUGUCUAGGCAACUAAUGCCUUGCACUUAAAAAUAAAAGUCAGACAACGUUCAA